AUUUCUAUUCGUUUGCAUCCGGCGCUCCGGACUUUCUCUCCCGGACGCUGCGCCUCUGGGAAGGCGGCAAGCUUCAAUCGUCAGGAAAUGGCAACAAAAACCUUAACCGUGCCUGUAGCUCCUGGUAAUUCCUGCAAUGGCGAAUUAAAUCCUUCAGAUCCCACUCUGCUCACAGUUGUCUACCCUCAGGGUGGGAUCAUCGGCUGGAAGAAGAGAACUCUCUACCUGUUGCUCAUCCUCCUGGUGUCCGUGGUGAUCAUCAACUUGACGCUGUUAUUGUGGAUUAUUAAGAUUCUCGAUUUAACUUCGGAAGGUCCCGGAAAGAUGCGAAUAUCCGAAAAAGGACUUCGGUUGGACAGCGAUGCCGAAUUUCUGGACACUCUCAGCGGGAAACAAAUAUGGGCACUUCCUUCCCAGUCUCUGAAACUGGAGUCGGCUGGAAAUGUUACUAUGAAAGCACGGAACAGUCGAGGAUUCAUUACAAACAUUCUUAGCUUGGGAGAAGCCGGGCUUCAGGCAGUAGGAAACUACUUUCUGGUCCGGGGAACAACCGGCAAUGUUCUGCUGCAAGUGGAUCCUCACGAAAUGGUAGUUUCGGCCAAUCACAUGGUAGUAUCUGACUCUGGUGGCUUACGAUUGGAUGGAUCGCUGGAAACCCCUCUCGUAAGAGGAGACGCCACCAAAGACCUCAGACUGGAAUCGCUGCUGAAGAAAGUGAAGAUUCGCAGCGAGGGGGCUACGAAUGUGGACUCCCCGGCCGGUGGUAUCUGGGUCCAAGGCCUGCGUGACAUGAAUCUCCGAUCAACUGGAGGAAGAGUAGUUAUUGACAGCAGUAGAUUAGAAAUGAAGAAUCUCAAAACAGCCAGGCACACGAAGGAUAAGAAAAAUCAAGAUGUAUUCCAAGUUUGCAUGUGUGACAACGGUCGUCUCUUCCUGGCACAUAGGGAAGGCCAUUGCCAGAUACAGGAAUCUGUGUGCAGAGAUUUCGAUCAAGAUAGGUACAGAAUGCGGGACAUUCGCUCCAAACAAUCUUGAAGAUUAUCUGUUCCUUAAUUGAAACAGAAUGAGUGAAUGUUGAUUUUGAAAUUAACGCUAGAGGGUGCAGACAGCAUCCUACUGGCCAAAACAUGUCUCCAGUGUGUGAAUUGACAGCAGCAACAUAAACGUUCACAAAUGGAUGUGGUUAACAUUACCUGCUUACUAUAAAUGCGCAAACAGAAUGCGAUUAAUCAAUGCAAACUUCGGCUGUGAUGCUAGACGCAUUUGGAUGAUCAGAAAGGAAAGAAUCAAUACAUUUUAUUUUAUUCAUUAAAAAAUAUUUAAAUUAUUUUUAUUUGUAUGAAUUAGAUCCAUAAUUUAAUAUUAAUAAAUUAUUAGCAUAUAGUAGAAAAUGUGGUUACUUGUAAAAUUUCAGAUAUCAAGUAAAGCAGGCACUUUCUAAUGAUGCCACAUGAUCAUGACAAAUCAUUGCACAUUUCUGUUCGAUAUCUUAUCGCUCAAAACCCCUGAAAUUAAAAACAAACUCUUCAUUGAUAUAGAGAUAAAUUUGAAACAAUGAAAAGAUAGCCCAUGUUUAAUGCGUGUUUGUCUUCAUUGGAUGCUUUAAUUCAAAUGUAUACAAAUUAAAAGUGAAUAAUCUUAUAAACUAUGUAAAUUUGUUUCGAUCCCAGUAGCCGACUCACAAACUAAAUUUUCUUUUCUUAUAUCAAAUAAGGUUUUCAUACGCAGGAGCUUAAUCUUUCCAUAAUAUCUUUAGAAUGUAUAACACACAUAUGCAUGUUAAUUAUGUGCUAAGCGAUUAGAUUGUAGUUAAAUGUUAUGUUUUGCAUGAGAAAAAAACGUCAAUCUCAUAAGAGAGGGGAAUUAUAUCCUGAAACUUUUAAUACGUUUGAAAACAUUGUAAAUGUAAAUAAUUGAUUCUUGAAAUUUACACUUUCUUUUCAGUUAUCUCCGUUUUUGUGAUAAGUUGCGAAUAUUCCAUCGGUAAUUCUGAUUAGAUUACUUUUCCCUUUCAGACUGAUUAAAUGAUUUAGUCUCUUAUUAUUAGACAAAAGUUAGUUAUGUUGGUGUUAAUUAUAUUCGAAAUAACAUCUUUUUUUAUAUAUUCUUGAAAAAAAGAGAUUCAGUGAAUGUUUCAUGCAUUGAUGUACGCUUUUCAUUCUUUAUACAUCGAUGUAUGCUUUUCAGUUUAGUAGAAGGUCGAUAUCGAAUUAUUCUAAUUCUGCGUCGAGAUUAUCAGCCUGUUCGUAUUUUUAAAUUUUGCAGCUCAUCCAUCUACUGCAAGUAGCUUAAUUCAUCCACUGCCAUCUUCUCAUCUCAUUAGAUGGCCCUUCUGCUCUGUUUCUGAACUGUAAUAGAGAAAAUGCCAUCUAAUUGCAUAGACGGUGUGACUUGCAGGAGUUCGAGAACUCGAUCGUGUGUCUAAGAGAUCCUAUGUGAUAAACACUGAGAAAAUUUGUUCCCACUCAUUAAAAAAAAUUUGAAUCUAACUAAUCUGGUUCUUUUAAUGUGAGUUGCUUAGUUAAGAAUAAAAUUGGGUGAACACGGGGAAAAAAUAGGAAGAUGUUUCGGUCACGCAAAGAGUAGAGAUUUCAGCUUAUUUCAAACAUCUCCUAUUAGUUAACCAUGGCUGAAGUUUUUUAAAAACAAUGCUGCUUUGUACGUCACCAUUAUUUUCUUGAACGUAUAUAAAUUUUGAAACCCAUUCCUUCCCGAAAUUGUCAAGCUAGGAAUGAGACUUCUGGCGCAUGCUGAUAAUCUGAAUUUGCAGAACUGCGAAUUAUUUUUAAAAUUCAAGUGAUUGAUAUCCUGUUAUUAUCCUUCAUAUGGAUUUCUUUGUUUCUGUAUAAGUGUUACUUCUGUGUACUGUUUGGUGUUCUCGUGAGCGAAAAAACUGUAGUUUUAAAUAAUUAAAAUCGUAUGUCUUCCUCAAUACUCAGAUCAUGCAAAGGAUCCUUCACUGUUUUCUGAUAUCUGUUCAAUAAUAAAUUUAUGCUAAAUCGAUGAUCAGAUUUCUAUGUGCAUUCAGCACGAAAAGUUAUGUAAAAAAUCUCUAGUGUAUUAAA